AUGUUGCUGUUCGUGGUAUCUGUCCUUACUGUGUGCAUGGGCACUGGGACUACAGCACCUAGUCUGGAUUGGCAGCUGGAUGACCAUUGGCAAUUCUGGAAAUCUUGUCACAAUAAAAACUACCAUGAGAAAGAGGAAAUCUGGAGAAGGAUAGUGUGGGAAAAGAAUAUGAAGAAAAUUGACCUGCACAACCUUGAGUACUCUUUGGGCAGGCACACCUACCGUCUUGGAAUGAAUCAAUUUGGUGACAUGACCAAUGAGGAGUUCAGACAAAUGAUGAAUGGCUACAAAUACAGUCCCAAAAAGAAAUCCAAAGGCUCCCUGUUCAUAGAGCCAAAUUUCAUGGAGGUCCCUAGGCAUGUGGAUUGGAGAGAGAAAGGCUACGUCACACAUGUGAAAGAUCAAGGGCAGUGUGGUUCAUGCUGGGCCUUCAGUACUACAGGAGCCUUGGAGGGCCAGCACUUCCGUAAAACAGGCAACCUGGUCUCCCUGAGUGAACAAAACCUGAUGGACUGCUCUUGGCCAGAGGGCAACCAUGGCUGUGAUGGGGGCCAUAUGGACCAGGGCUUCCAGUAUGUCCAGGACAACAAUGGUAUUGAUUCGGAGGCAUCUUACCCUUACCUUGCAAAAGAUGGGUCAUGUCAUUAUGACCCACAGUUUAAUGCUGCUAAUGACACUGGAUAUGUGGACAUUCCCAGUGGUAAGGAGCAAGCUUUAAUGAAGGCUGUUGCUGCUGUUGGCCCUGUGGCAGUUGCCAUUGAUGCUGGUCAACAGUCAUUCCAAUUCUACCAUUCUGGAAUAUACUAUGAGAAGAAUUGCAGUACUAAGGAAUUGGAUCAUGGUGUUAUAGUGGUUGGAUAUGGCUAUGAAGGAGUUGAUGAGGAUGUAAAGAAAUAUUGGAUUGUGAAGAACAGCUGGAGUGAGAAGUGGGGUAACAAAGGCUACAUUUACAUGGCCAAAGAUCAGAACAACCACUGUGGCAUUGCAACAUCAGCCAGUUAUCCCUUGAUGUAA